GAUGCAGCAUCAACGAGGCUGACAACGUUGUCAGGUUCUGGCAGUCUCGAGCCCUGACACAAUGUCCUUGUCUGCAGCGUACCAGCAGCAAUGUGUAUGGGUCUCGUCCCAACUUACCGUCAACUCCAAAUCCUACAUUAAACAAUCUUCCGUAAUGAUUGACACCCCAGUACGCGCUACUGUAGGAGCGUUUGAGGCUAGCCAUGAGCACGGAGAUUUAAACCUGCUACGCGCCCGCCCUGGGCAGAGUGCAAAUCCCCAGUCUCUUUUCCUUAUUCUCAUCGCGUCCCUCUCUGUCUGUCUUGCUCCAGCUUCUUCUUUCGUGUCUACGUCUUCGCUGCUCCUGGGGAGGUUGGAGUGACAAGAUGGCGGCACCCAAUCUCGACACAAACCAAUGGUACUCCAUGUACAUCAACAACUACAACACCAGCUCUAUGCUCAGCACAAGCCUCUACACCCGCAGCGGCACAGCAGGCGCCGUCUUCUUCAACUUCACCAACCACGACAGCGCGACACAGCGCUGGCAGAUAUUCCCCAUCAACAGCACAACAGUCGUCCUGCGCACCAAAGAAGGCGGCGCAAACGGCUUCAUCGGCGCCCAGCCUGCCGACUCGAAUGGCGAGAUUUCACCGCUCAUGUUGCGAGGCGACGUAGCAGACGAUUCCGUGUUCUGGCAGUUCGGGAGCUGGGGCGAUGGGACGUGGUAUCUGUACAACAGCGCGAACGGCACAGAUUAUCAUCUGGCGAACAAAAACGGGCAGGUACGGAUGGACAACAACAUCACAGCACCACAGAACCUACAACGAUUCAGCUUCGAUAGCGUCGCCGCGAUCAACGAUGAGGCCUACUCGAGCGUGAACCUUCUCAGCGCAACAGUCACAUCCCCCGGCACACUUUCCGCCACAGCCUCCGCCACAGCCUCCGCCACAUCCUCCUUUGCAGCGACAUCGACAUCGACAUCAACACCAACACCAUCAACCGGCCUCUCCACAGCUGGCAAAGCCGGCAUCGCCGCGGCACUAGGCAUCGCCGCACUCAUCGCUCUUGUAGCCCUCGGGCUCAUUCAUCGGCAAAAACGGAAUCGGAAGCGCAUCUCAAAGCCACAGGAGAGCGCAUACGAACCGUACCAAGGGCAGCCGCAAGGCGCUGUGGAAGUAGCCCCGACUUUGCCAGAGAGGCGUGCUGAGCACUUUAAACAUGAGUUAGAUCAUGGAAGCACCGAGGCGAAGUACGAGAUGCCGAGCCAGACGGUGACGGAGACUGAAGGGCAUCGGCCAAUGCAGCCUGCGGAACUGCCUGGGAGUUAUGAGAGGCGGUGAGCUUGGCUGGUGGAUAGGAAGGGGUUGAUGCAUUUGCAGGCGUUUAGAGCGUGAUACCCGGGUCAGCGUAUGGUUUGUAGCAUGAAACAGCGUAGUCAAAUGGACAAGUACAUCAACAA